AUGCAAGGAAACAACAAGCCAGACCACCUUCUCCCUCCGAGGCUGUUCGCCACAGACAGGGCCCCAAGCGGACGUAUCAACAUCUACUCCAAGCCAGACCUUCUAGCUUUUAUACAGCAUGCUCUCCGGAACACCAAAGAGCUCCAGUACAUCAAAGACUCUUGUUUCGGGAAGUUAUUUGAGCUCCCAGCACGUCAGUGUCCUGCCUCGUGUAAAAUAAUACACACUUUUCUUACAAGACAGCUAAUUGUCGAGGAUAAACACACACUCUGGUCAGUCUUUGGAAGCGAUCCCAUCCGUUUCGGCCUCCAAGAGUUCGGCACAAUCACAGGUCUGCCUUGUGGUGAUUUUCCUGCAGACUACAACACUGAACUGGAAGACAAGAGUAAAGCUCACAAAGAUCCUGACUGGAUCAAGCUGAUCGGUAAAAAGAGAUUCACCACCAUUGCUGAUCUACGCCACAAGCUCGAGACUGAAACAACGAUGCCAGGAAAAAAGAAGCUGCGCCUAGCUCUAAUAAUAAUUGUUGAUGGGGUUCUAAUCGCUCAUCAACAAACUCCACGGCCUACUCUGAAGUACGUCAAGAUGGUCCAGGACGUCGACGCUUUCUGCCUACACCCUUGGGGCAGAGAGUCUUUCCUCAAGACUAUUACCUGCAUGAAACCUCCCAAGUUCAUCCCUCUGAAAUGCGAGGACCCUAUUGCAAAGCUUGUUGAUCUUUUGAAGCAGGAAACUUUCAGGCUGAAGGGAUUCUCCCUAUCAUUACAACUCCUUGCAUUUCAAGCCGUCCCGGAGCUGCAGUCCAUAAUCCCAGCCCCCUUAGACUCGCUAUCAAUCAUCCAACUCGAAGAACCUCAUCUUCCUGUUUACCCGAAGAUUAGCUACCUUGACAUACCACGCGUGGAAGCUGUUGAGAAUCUUGCUGUUACAUCAUUGAUACCAAUACAAAGCCAACCGCAACCAGGAUGGGGAGUUUGGCACGACGUUGUUGCUGAUAAACGCCUAACGUACAUGGAGAACCUCAUAGCGAACCACCACCCAUUCAAGAAGCAUCUCUGGCCAGGUGGAGACACUUCCACGCCCAUACUCAUCCAUAAACCUCCCUUGGAGGAACCAGAAACGAGGAGACAAGUUUCAAAAAAUGCUUUGAGACCUAGAAAGCCCCUAAACAAACCACCACCGUGCCGAAAGCAGAGGAGGAUCAGCAACUACUUUCUCAGAACUGGUUCAACCAGCAACUCAAACGAUCAGAUGAUGGAAAGGCUUUCUAAAGUUUCUAGCGAAGUUUCCAAACUCAGGAAAGAGUUUAGAUUGAUGCGCCAACUCAACAAACGCAAGAAGUCUCGAACCCACAGCAAGCGUUCUGCUUUCCACUCUCUCAUUGGUUCUCCACACAAACCCCAACUCUCACACAGAGGAUGUCAGACUGACCCCACAGAGCAUUCAACUGAUGAUGUACCUAACGAGACGUCCCCGGCACCUAUGGAGGAAGAUCAUCCGGAAUGCACCUCCCCUGUUGUCAGCCAAUAUGCAGCUCAGCUCUACGGCCAACCUUCCGGCGAGUCAACUCCGUUCCACACAACACAUCUCCCUACAGAACCUGAACAAACCACACCCGUACACACCACCACCUUUUACACCUUACCCGAACACACCCCCAUUGAACCAAACCAUAUAAUCCACAACUCCCCCGUCCACAAAUCCCCCGUCCACAACUCCCCCGUCCACACCUCCCCCCCCUCAUUACCACCAACUUCGAUUACAAGGUUUUGA